ACGUUUAAUCGAAGGGGUAUAUAAGGCCCGGCAUCAACUACUGCUGCACAUCACAAUUCCAAUUGCUUUAGCGAGUACUGGUCUCCAGCAGCGCUGAGAAGCUAAUCCACAUAUAACCCCAUCAUCAUGAAGGUCUUCGUUGUUCUCUCUGCCCUCGCCGCCGUGGCAUUCGCCCGCCCUGGAGGCAUCGCCGGAAUCCACUCCGUGGGUCCAGUGGCCUACGCUGCACCCUUGGCUUACGCUAGACUGGUUCCCGGUGCACCCGUGGGAGUCGACGGUCGCGUCGUAGACACCCCUGAGGUCGCAGUCGCCAAGGCCGAGCACGCUGCUGCUCACGUCAACGAGAAGAUCACCCUGGCUAACGAGGCUGCCAAGAACUACGCUGCCGCCCCCGUUGUCGUAUCUGCUUAUUCCGCCCCUGCUGUUUCGCACGUCGUGUCUGCUCAUGGUGCCCCCGUCGGAGUUGACGGACGCGUCGUAGACACCCCCGCCGUCGCUGUCGCCAAGGCCGAGCACGCUGCUGCCCACGUCAACGAGAAGAUCACCCUGGCUAACGAGGCUGUCAAGAACUACGCUGCCGCCCCCGUUGUCGUAUCUGCUUAUUCCGCCCCUGCUGUUUCGCACGUCGUGUCUGCUCAUGGUGCCCCCGUCGUCUCUGCUUACGCUGCUCAUCCCCAGGUCUCCGUCUGCAAGACUCGAGUACUGGAUCAUCCAGCAGCGCUAAAACCCAAUACAGUCAUCAUGAACGCAUUCAUCGCCUUCUCCGCCCUCCUCGCCGUGGCCAGUGCCGGCUACCUGAGCGCACCAGUGUCCUACGCAGGUCACUACGGAGCUGCAGCACCCCUAGGUCACGACGGUACUGUAGUGGACACUCCUGAGGUUGCUCAGGCCAAAGCUGCCCACUUUGCCGAAUACGCCAGGGCUGCUGCCGCUGCUGCUGCUUCCGGACCUGUCGAUCAUCAUGGUGCCUACCCCGUCUACGGAAACCAUGGUUACGCUGCUCCUCUUGGACACGACGGACGCGUCGUAGAGACCCCUGAGGUCGCUCACGCCAGGGCUGCUCAUCUUGCUGAACACGCCAAGGCUGCAUCUGCCGCUUCGUACGGACCAUACAAUGGCGCUUACGCAUACGCCCCGGCUAAUGUUUAUGGCGCACAUGGUGCUGCUGCCCCUCUUGGACACGACGGCCGCGUCGUCGAGACCCCCGAGGUCGCCCACGCCAAGGCCGCUCACCUUGCCGCUCACGCUGCUGCCGCCUCUCAAGCCGUUCACGCCUGGGGUCUGGUACGGGUCUGCCAUACGAGUCCCAUUCGUGUUCACCCUGGGGGCAUUGGCGAGGCAAGUCCGAGGGUCAACAGGGUCCCGGAGGCUCGACAAUGGCUGCUAUCAAAUGUCAAGGUCACGAGGCCAUUGAAACGAAUAGUCGGCAGGGCGCGCCCUGGUGCAAAGAGAACGGAGCACAUAGCGAGUACUGGUUCUCUCAGCAGCGCUAACCUAACAACACACAACAUGAAUCGUCUGAUCAUUGUCCUGGCCCUCGUGGCAGCCUCCAAGGCCGGAUAUUUGGGUUCCCCCUCGGCUCAUCCAUCUGCCGGAUACGCCGAACCUUCGGGUCCAAUUCAUCAGCAGCAAAGAUUUGGCCCGCCGGCGCCAGUCGGUCAGGACGGAAAUGUAAUCGACACACCGGAAGUUGCUCAGGCGAAGGCCGCCCACUUUGCGGAAUUCGCGAGGGCCGCCGCACGCGCUGCCGAGGAGAAGGCGCAGCAGAACGCAUACGCACCCCAGGGCCAUGGACCCAGCUCUGGCUACUCUGCACCUUCCAGCUACUCCGCUCCCUCUGGCUACUCUGCUCCCUCUAGCUACUCUGCUCCUUCUUACGCAUCCCCUAGCCCUGCUCCCUAUGCUCGUCAAGGAUAUGCUGCUCCUGCUCCAGCACGCUCCCCGAUCUAUGCACCCUCUAAUUCCGCCCCUGCUCACGUCUCUGCACCAGUCUACUCCGCACCUCAGCAGCACUACCAACCUCAGGGUAGUUACUCUUCACCAAAGAGCUACAAUGCUCCUGGCUCCAAGGCACCCUUCGUACCUGCACCCCUUGCUGAAGACGGUACUGUAAUUGAUACUCCUGAAGUUGCUGCCCUCAAGGCUUCUCGUCUUGCUGAACUUGCUGAGGCUGAGGCUCGCGCUUAUAAAUACGGAGGAUCCGAAGAAUACUCUGGUCAGGGUCAAGCCUACGACGCUCCCCAGGCUCAUGCUCCUGCUCAGUACGUAAAUUCUGCACCAGCCCAGUACGGCCCAUCGGCGCCAGCUGCUCGUAGCUACUCUGCCCCCAGUGUUGGUGCCUACGGUGGCGCACCUCAGAAUUACGGCAGCCCUGCUCAACUCGCUGAGAAGUCGUAUCAACCUUCUCCAGCUUACCAGCCUCACAAUUAUCAAGCUCAGCCUCAUUGGUAGGAACCUACUGAGCUGACCUCCUGACCUACGAUUUGGAACCUUUGUAAAUAAAAUAGGACAAUAAAUUGUUUUCUACGAAUAUCAUCAA